GACUGAAAGGGAAAAGAGAAGGGGUGCUGGGCCUCGCGGGCGAACCUGCGCUGAGGGCAGCUGGGCGGUUCCGCGGGGCAGUGUCCGGGGAGCUGCGGGGCCCGGGCGCCCGGGGUGCACGCCACAGCUCCGGGAGGUGCCUGAGCCAGCGAGCCGGCGAGGAGCAGCGGCCAGUGAGACCCCGCGGGCCGGGACCAUGGGCUGCUUCUUCUCCAAGAGGCGGAAGGCUGAGAAGGAGUCGCAGCCCGAGGGCGAGGAGGAGCGGCCGAAGCAGUACAGCUGGGACCAGCGCGAGAAGGUUGAUCCGAAAGACUACAUGUUCAGUGGACUGAAAGAUGAAACAGUAGGUCGCUUACCUGGGAAAGUGGCAGGACAACAGUUUCUCAUUCAAGACUGUGAGAACUGUAGCAUCUAUAUUUUUGAUCACUCUGCUACCGUUACUAUCGAUGACUGUACUAACUGUGUCAUUUUUCUGGGACCCGUGAAAGGCAGUGUGUUUUUCCGGAAUUGCAGAGAUUGCAAGUGUGCGUUAGCCUGCCAACAGUUCCGUGUGCGGGACUGCAGAAAGCUGGAGGUCUUUUUGUGCUGUGCCACGCAGCCCAUUAUUGAGUCUUCCACAAAUAUCAAGUUCGCCUGUUUUCAGUGGUACUACCCUGAAUUAGCUUUCCAGUUCAAAGAUGCAGGGCUAAGUAUCUUCAAUAACACCUGGAGUAACAUUCAUGACUUUACACCCGUGUCAGGAGAACUCAACUGGAGCCUUCUUUCAGAAGAUACGGUCGUCCAGGACCAUAUUCCUCUACCUACUACCGAAGAGCUCAAAACUGUCCGCGUUUCCACAGAAGCCAAUAGAAGUAUCGUUCCAGUAUCCCGGGGUCAGAGACAGAAGAGCAGUGAUGAAUCAUGUUUAGUGGUAUUAUUUGCUGGUGAUUAUACUAUCGCAAAUGCCAGGAAACUAAUUGAUGAGAUGGUUGGUAAAGGCUUUUUCCUAGUUCAGACAAAGGAGGUGUCAAUGAAAGCGGAGGAUGCGCAAAGGGUUUUUCGGGACAAAGCACCUGACUUCCUUCCUCUUCUGAGCAAAGGUCCUGUAAUUGCCUUGGAGUUCAAUGGAGAUGGUGCUGUAGAAGGAUGUCAACUUAUUGUCAACGAGACAUUCAAUGGGACCAAGAUGUUUGUAUCAGAAAGCAAGGAGACGGCGCCUGGGGAUGUAGACAGCUUCUACAACUUUGCCGAUAUACAGAUGGGAAUAUGAAGUUCAGUAUGGAACCAAGGACUUGGUAUUAAGCCCUUUUCAAUUUGUGUGUUAGCAAUGGUUUUUCACUGAUGCUUAAAUUGUUAAAAUCAUUUUAAAAAUCAAUUGCUGAAUACAGCAUCAUUUACUCGUGGUUCAAAAAGAGUUCAUUUUCAAUUAAGUACUUUUAAUCAGCUUCAAAACUGUUUAACCCAGUUCAGUGAGCUUGUAGUUAUGUUUCUCUGCAUGUGAUACUGUUAUUAGAAAAUAGAAGUGGCUAACAGUUCAUGAUUUUAAUCCUAAUUAAACGUUCUUUCAGAUCUCUAAUUUACCCUUUCCUCAGUACACCAUAUUUGUUCAAGAAUACAUUCCAUUGCUUCUUUUCUUUUUUAAUUUAGAACGAUUCAUUACUGGUUGAUCAACUAGAAUGAACCUAUGGGCAUUUUUUUUUUCGUGUAUACAUAUCCAGUUGAAUAUUAGCCUCCUAGUCACAUAAUAUAGCAAAUGAGAUUUUGUAUACAGACUUGGUGUAAUACUUUGUAAAUUGAAUUUUUUUUAAUGAAUAGGUAUUUGCUAACCAGUUUUGCAAGUAACUCUACUAACUGAUGUUGGUAUAGCUGUUUAAAGACUACUUUGUGAGUAGUAUAAUCAUUUGAAUAAAUUCCACAUUGUUUAGUUUUUGAAUACAGCUGCUAUAGACGACUUCUGCUUCCUGGUAAGAAAAGGUAUAUGAAACACUAAAACUGUAGAAGCCUACCCACAAAGGUGAUCAUUGUUAUAUUGGCUCUUAAUGAGCUAUUAAAAUUAGAACAAAACCUUGCAACAUUUAGGUAGGAAAUACUUAAGCAUGAUGAUAAGCUAUGCAGAUUAUUAAAAAGCUAGAUAAAUUUGAUUUUCAUUAGAUAGGCCACUCAUAUCAAGCAACGUUCAAGUAUAAUCAAAUUAUUUUGGUUGCUUUAAAGCAUGAUUUUCCAAAUCAACCUGACUGUAAUAAUUUACCAGGAGGCAGGGGAGAGCUACUUGCUUAAAACUCCACAUGCUUGGACCCAAUCCUUAGGUGCACUGAUAGAGUGUCCAGGGGAAAUUCUGUUUUAAGGGGUGGGUUGUAAUGUAAAGUAAUCAGGUCAGAAGAUGUUGAUAGGUUGAUCUUGUGAGAAGGGACUGAAUCUGUUAUCUCCAUACACCACACACAGCAGCUAAUAGGAAAUUAGCUUUCAUAGGUCUAUUUUUAAAAGGAACCUUAAAUUUAAUUCUAUUUUGAUAAAACUAAGGCUGAAAAUAGUCACUUGUGAAAAUUCCUCUUAGGACUGUUACUAAAAAUGUAUUUUCAUGUCUCAACUGUUUUUGGAUAUUUUCAGAUCAAUUUAUAACUACAUUGAAUUGUGUGUUGAUGUUCAGAAAUAAUACAUUCAAAGACUUUUCACUUUAAAUUAGUAAGUAAUAUUGCCCACCUAACCUGUGCCUCACCUUGUAUUAGCAUUGUAUCAUUUCAGCCUUUUACAAGAGCAUUCUAGACUACGUAAUCAACCUCUCCUUUAAAUCAAAAAUGAUUUCAUGAGAUGCAAGUAAAAAUUGGUGACAGAUUUAAUAUAAUUUUGAUCAUAAUUUACAAAUGAGCUUUGUCAAGUAGUGGUGAGAGGGCAUUAAUUUUUCUCAUAGUUAAGCUAAAUUAAACAUUCUUUCUGAUCAUAAUUACAUUAAAUCCCAUUGUUCACAGUUUAAAAAAAUCUCAAUACUUUUUGUUUUUCAGAAAUAUAGUACAAAAUUAUGCAAUAUUGUAAAUUGAGUUCUUUAUUUUAUCUAUGGUAUUUUAGCAAAAACUCAGGAAUAUUACAUAUAAGGGAGAUGCUAAUUUUAAAAUGUCCACUAAGUUUAGUAUCUAUUAACCAAAGCCUAAAAUUUUAUACUCUUCAGUUAGGUUAAGAGCUUUUACCCAAGUUUAAUUUGUCUUUUAGGACAGUUCUUUGGCUUCUGAAUGUUUGUAAGGAUUUUUUUUUUCGAAUAAGUAGCGCUACCGUGUUUCUGUCAUUCUAAACCUUGAUUGUAUUCUGCAUUUCAUUUCUGAAUAGCCUUUGAAUUCAUGAAAAAGUAUUAGCAAUGAAAAUUUAGCAAUUUGAUUAAGUUACACGUUUAUUAGACAUUAUAUUAGCUUAUUUCUCUUGUGUUAAUAGUACUGCUGUUUUUGCUUCUAUAUAUUUAUGUCUAGCUUUUGUAUGUAAUUUAUCUAGUGUUUAUAAAACGUGAUUUGUAAUAAAUAUUGUUAAAAUGAAAA